CGCUUUUGAACUGAGGCACUUAAAUAAGCGAAGCGAUCGAUCCGAUAACUUAGCUUUAUGCUUCCUUCUGUGAUGUCCUCCGAGCUAUCCUUGACGUUCUCUAUCUCUGAACUCCUUCGCUUCUGCGUAUCUUUCGGGUCUGCUUAUGAACCAUCCAGCCUUCGACUGGAGCCAGCACCGAUUGACCUCAGCUACCUCGCUUCCCCUGAGCUCGAUGCCUUGCCCCUAGCAAUCAAGAUAGAGACCUUGAUGGUCGACGGACAGCGAAGGCUUCGCGCCCGUGCGGUGCAGAAGGAAGAGGCUAUCCCGUGCAAGAGAUCUUUGCCUGCCCCUAUGCCUCCUCAAUAUACUCAACCUUCAACGUCCUUCCUUGACGCUUGGGCCACUCCUUCAACAUCGAAUUCGACCACGUACACCCCACCGCAGCCUCAGCUCGAUGACCUGAGAUUCCAGAUCGCUCCCCAGCAGACAGAUAUAUUCUCAUGUCCUGAGAUGUUCUUUGACGUCGCUGACAUGUUUUCUGAACCCCCGGCCCCGUAUCUGUCUGGAAUAACGACUGCGCACGAUUAUGCAUCCGACCCACCUGAAGCUCACUGUGAUCCCCUGACUGACGCUUUGAAACUGCCUGAUUAUUCCAAUGGUCGCACUACCAUCUUUGCCGAGAGUCCAUCACGCUGACGUCAUGCCGUAGAAUCCUCGGAUCAUGGACUAGUUGUUCACAUUCCAGAACACGACCCAUCGGCGGACUGUACCUCACCUCCCGGCUCUGAGCUCGAGUCGUCCGCAUCCAGUUCAACCAGCUGUUACAAUGGCGAAUCGGCGGAAACUCACAAUGAAAUAUCUCAACCAGCGGGGCCCAAACGUCGGCCACUCCGUUUUCCCUGUCUGCACGACGGAUGUCCUCGCAAGUUCUCAAGCGAGGUGCGCCGCCCUAUCGUCUCCGUCUAACACAUGAUAUAUCUCAUGAUUUCAUUUAACAUUUCAGUACACCCUCAAUCUCCACAUGACGACGCACCAAUACAGGAACAAGCCCAAAAUUCGUCAUCCAUGCGAAAUGGGCUGCGCCGAGACCUUUUCACGCCAGCAUGACCGCCUUCGACAUGAGGUUGCUAAGCACGGCAGGAUGUGUCAAUGGUCCUGCAGCCGCUGUAGACGCGUUUUCUCGAGGCAGUCCACUCGAGACAAACACCGUUGCUCCGAUGUUGCUAGUCGCGUUGUUGAGCAGACGUAAUAGAACAUCAUUGUUAUCCGAUGUUCGGCUUUGCAUAGCGUUGUCCGCUUCGACGUCCGAAAGUUACGGCGAGGGAGAACUGUAAGGACCAGUCGCGGGUGCAGUGCUAUGUCAAUUGAAUAGCAGU